AGCCGUCUUUCUGUUUCCGGUUCAAAGCCGCGUCCAAACUUCACGGACCAUAACAAAAGCUGUCGCGUUAGCUGAUGUACUGAGAGUUCGUCCACUUCUAAUCGCAGGAGUACAAGUGCAGUACCCGGAGACAUGGCUGGUUUACCACCGGGGGACCCGCAGCUGGUCUCGAUGAUUGUCAGCCAUUUAAAAACUCAGGGGCUCUUCGACCAGUUCAGGAGGGAAUGUCUGGCAGACGUGGACACAAAGCCGGCUUACUUGAACCUUAAACAAAGGGUUGACAACUUUGUCUCCAAUCAUCUUUCUAAUCACACAUGGAGCCCCCAUUUAAACAAGAACCAGCUGAGAAACAACAUAAGGCAGCUCGUGCUGCAAUCUGGGAUGCUGGAACAAGGAGUGGACAGGAUCGUGGCCCAGGUUGUGGAUCCCAAAAUAAACCACAUCUUCAGGCCACAGGUAGAAAGAGUAGUUCGUGAGUUUCUGUCACCAGGCAGCUGCUCUGAGGAGCCACCAGCCCCACUCGUUCCAAUAGAGACCAAACCAGAUAGCAGCAUUACUGAGCAAGCUUCCUCAUCUGCCCCAACUAUUACUGCAUCCAGUGAUGCCAUGUCCAUACUGGAUACUAUAAAUUCUCUCAACCAGAAGGCUAAUGUCAAACCCAGCUCAGAAAAGUUGUCCGAUGAGCCAAUGGAGCUGGAGGAGAGUGAGCAGGACAUGGGUGUUGUUGAGGAAGGAGUCUGCCAACUAGAAGAUGCAGAGGAAACAAAGAUGACAUCAGAGCUUGAUGUAUUAGAAGUGAAGUCAGAGGAUGCUCCAGAACUGCGGGAAGUAGUAGUGAAGGAAGAAUUAGUAGGAGAGGUGAAGAUAGAAGAAGAAGACGAAGAAGAAGGCUCAGGAGAUCAUGAGCAAAAAAUAGAUGAAAAAGAAAAGACUACAGGCAAAACUGGAAAAUCCUCAGAGGAAAAGCUGGAUGACGACCAGCUGAAAUCCCCAAAUCAGGCUCAGCAGAAAGUCAAAGAGAGGAUGAAGGAAGAAUACUCCUUGGAGGAUUCUGACCUAGAAGGCCUGAGCGACAUCACUGUGAGCUCAGUCCACACCAGCGACCUGUCAUCUUUUGAAGGGCAAAGUGACGAUGAGCAGCUGCUUUCUGACUCUUCUGAAGAAGGAGAACUUCCUCCAGAUGAUGAGACGACCGAAAAGAAACGAGACACAGGAGAAGAAGACAAAGAAUCUAAACCUCGCCGGAAAGCCUAUGUUCACAAGCCCUUCCUUUACUCUCGUUACUAUAGCGACUCAGACGAUGAAAUCACGGUGGAAGAACGUCGCAGAUCUGCAGCGAAGGACAAGGAAGAAAGGCUGCUAAAGAGACAGCAGAACAGGGAGAGAAUGGAAGAAAAGCGCAAACAAAAAGCUGCACAGGCUGAAGAACAAAGUCAUAAAAAGCAAAAGAAAAGAGACCCUGCUGGGUCGGAGGGCCCCAGAGCCAAGGAGGCUCGCAAAGAACGCAAAGUACUGGAGAAAAAAAUGGCUCUUAACAGAAGGAGGAAACUAGAUUCAAGGAAAGAAGGCGAUGUUUCGAGCAAGAAGAAAGGUGACGCGGUUGGAGAGGGUUCCAGGAAAGUGGAACUGAAAUUGACUGCUUCAAAGACCCCACAACCAAAAUUCAUCAGAAAUCUGUCAGAAUCUGCAAUGUCUGAAGAGAGGCACAGGAGGACGAGUGGCAGUAUCUCAGAAGAUACAAGUGAACCCAAAAAGUUGUGCGACAAACUACUAACACAUUCCUUCAUUCUGGACUUGGAACAAGGCUCACAAGAGGCUCUCAAGCAACGAUCUGGGAAAUUUGACCGACCGUCUCGCAAAGAACUUCAUAUCAAGGAACGUAAAGAGAAAGAGCGCAGUCUGUCCGAUGAGCGUGCUAAAGUUAAACAAAAGCAGGAGAAGAAACCUGAACAUCAGGCAGAUGAUAUUCUGCAGAAGGAAGGUGUGAAAACUUCAUCUGAAGAAAAGGGCGAGAAGAAACUGAAGAUAAAAAGUGAGAAGAAACUUACAGCAAACACAAGAGAAGGAAAACUAUCUUCAUUUGAAGGCGUUGCUGAUGAAGGUCCUAAAGAAGUCAAGAAGAUAAGGACUACAUCCACAGAGGCUGGUAAAGCAGAGAAGGACAAAGAAAAGGACAAAAGGGAAAAGGAUAAGUGCAAAGAGAAACCGAAAGGCGAGAAAACAUCUGCUAAAAGUGAAUUUAAACCACUGCAGCGCCCAGAAUCUGCUGGUUCAUCUGAGGAUCGUUCUGAUAUGGAUCCAGGUUCUGAGGGCAGCAAGAAGAAACACUCCAAAGAAGUCCUGAAAAGGUCAAAGAGCCACUCUGAGGACAAGCAAGGAGAGAGGACAAAAUCUAAAACUGACACUAAAGAUACCGAGAAGGAAAAAACUAAAGCAGACCAAGACAGCCAGAAAUCGGCAAAGUCCAACUUCGAAAUAGAAAAAGAUCCAAAAAGGGUUAAACCAACAGAAAAGGGAGCAACUGCGGAGAAAGCUAAAUCAAAAUCUAAGGAGGAAACAAAGAGUUUGUCUGAUAAAAAACUUCAAGGAUCAGAGGUCAGAAGUGUGGCUGGUGCAGCUACCAGUAAACCUGAAAUGACCAAGGAGAAGAAGAGAGAGAGAAAUGCAAAGGAACAACGGAAAGUCUCUGAGGAACCGUCACAUGAGAAGUCAGAAGUUAAGAGUGGAAAGAAAAAGGAUAAAAACCCAGAAAAGAACAAUGAGAGCCAAGAAGAGAGGAAAGAACCCACAGAAGAAAAACUGGAAAGAUCUGACAAGUCCUCAAAGUCUUCAGUUUCCUCUUUGAGCCUUGACACAGAAGAGGUGCUUAAGAAACCUCUCCUCCGGGACACGAGCGCAGAUUCUGAUCCCAUCACCACCACUGUCACCACCUCAUUCUCAGACGAUACCUGUGACGCUCUGAGUGACAUCACCCCCGAGCCGCCCGAAGGCGACGCCGACUCACAGCUCUGCGAGGUGCCAGCUCAGGCCGACGCGCUGCUGACGCUCAUGGACGUUUGUACCGCGGCAGAAGCGAGACUUGCACCCGCGUGCUUCCGAGAGGACGUGAGCUCGGACAGGGCGCUUGAGGACGCGGAUAUGAAGAUGAAGGAAGCAGCUCUGACUCUGCUCUCCAUGGAUCCUGACAGCACGGUGGCCUCCAGCUUCAUCAUUCACAGCACAAUGGACGACCCAGGGGAGGAUGAAGCUGCUGCCCAACCGAUGCAGAGUCCUGCUGCUGAAGAGGAGCAGCAUCCGCCCGUGGAUGUGGCAGCAGCUGCUGAAACUGAGGUCACAACAAUGGAGGCCUCGCCAGCUCCACCUCAACAUACUGCUGAGCUUGUUGAAGAAACACCAAACGCUGCAGUGGGGACUGAGAACGCAGAGAGGGAAAUGGUUGAAACGUUAAAGGUUGACAUUUCUGAGACACCUGCUCCACAGGAGCCCCAGAAUUCUUUGGAGGAGGAUGAAUCCAAAAAGGCUGAAAUUCUUCCUGAAGCACCGUUAAAAGAUGAACCGCCUCCACCAGCAGCUGACAAAGAAGCCCCUGAAGCUGUUGUUUUCGAACAAGAAAAGGUCAAAGGAACCACUGAGGAGAAUCCUGGAUGUGUUGCUUCUAAUAUAACUGAUAAAGACUCAGAAAGGUCCAUAGUGUCCGGUAAAGAUGAGCAAAUGGAGCCAGAUGUUUCAGACACGAAGAUGAGUCCCAAGCAGACAGAGAAUAUGGCAGAAGAGAACCUGGCCACCACAGACAACAGUGAAGCUGAGAGUAAGAAAGUGGAGGAAGAGCUUGUGCCAGCGAUGAGUGAGCCACACAGUAUCGAAUGUUCCAGUGUUCCAGACAAGAAUGAGGAGACCAAGAUCGAAACUAAUGUUCCAGACAAGAAUGAGGAGAUCAGCGAAGCAGAAGCUGACAAGCAGUCAGUAGUGAAACCUAUCGAAAGCGUCUCCAGUGCAGACAGUCAAGAAGAUGAGAUGGGUUCAGAGCUACCAGAACAGGAAGAGAAGACUGAAGGAAAAAGGAAGCUAAAGCUGUCUAGCCAGAAGUCUGCAGUAGUGAAUGAAGAAUUCACAGGUGAUGAGAAAGAUGAAAAGGGUAAUAAUGAGCAACCAUCUGCUGAGGAAACUGAGAAAACACCCGUUGAUGAAGCCAAAACAACACAUAGGGGGCGAUCACCCAGAACGACGGAGAUGUCGGAGAAGGACCAACCUGAGACACUGGAUGAGCCUUCGAGCCACAGGGAAAGCCAUUCAGGAGCUGCAGCCAAAGAAGACAUAGCUGAUAAUCAGAACGAAGAUGAACAUAAACAAGUGGACAACUCAUCAGGGGAACCAGCAGAGAAUGAGGAGCAAACUAAUGAGGAAAGUACCAAAAAAAGUGAUGAACGGGGAAGUCAAAUCAGUUUGCCGACACCUGUUAAAGAGGACACAGAAGCUGCAGGAAUCUCCGAGUCUGAAAACACAGCCGACACACCUCAACCCACAGUAAAGAAAAGGUCAUCAGACGAAAUGGAGGAAACUGUGGAGGAAACACCAGCUGACAAGAAGGCGAAAGACGCUGACAUUCAAGAGGAGCAAAGCGAGCAGCCGCCUCAGACAGACAACUGUGGUUUGUCUUCAAGUAGCCCAUCAGAGGAACAAGAGAAUGUGAAAGAGGAGACCAGCAUCGAGAAGAAAUUAGAUGACACUGAGGAGGGGCAACAGCACGGGGACCAAGAGGCAACCCCAAAGAGAGUCGUUCGAAGGGGACGGCCCCCGAAGGCAGCAGUCGCUGCCGCAGAGGAUCCAGAUAAAAAGGACAAAAAGCUGGAAAAAAAAGAAAGUGAGCAGAAUGAUGACGAGGAGGAAGAGGAUGGAGAGGAAGAAAAAGAAACUACUACCAGAGCUACCACACGCCUGGCUUCUCGUCUGGAGGCUGAAAGAAACAAGCCAAGUAAACCAUCCACCCGGGCAAGUCGACAGAGCGGUAAAGACGAGACCGCAGCUGGCGCACGCGGGACGAGGGGCCAGGCGGCAGCGGCGAAGGGGGGCCGCAAGCGGGAGGCCAGCCCUCCUGCGGUUCGAACGCGGGGAGGACAGAAAUCAGAGGAGCCCCCUUCCAAGAGAGCCAAGCGCUGAACCCCCCGACAGCGGCAGCCUCGUUUACCUCACAGGUCUCCCUGCACUCUGUAUCCAAACCAGUGCUGUUGUUGGGAGUCAGGGAGCCUCGGCAGGUAAAACCGUUUACUGUGGAUAUUGAAAAGCUCUGGAUAGUUUUAGAUCCUCUCCUCUGAUGGCUGAGCAUAAACCAGGGGAUUUAUGUAGGAAUCCCCCAGAAAACCUGCUGCUGCUUUCUGCCCAUAUGGUUUAGAUCAGACAUCAUCAUUACUCUGCUUAUUCAGUAAUAUCCAGUGAACCAAAGCAUUUGAGGCCAAUCAAAGGCCUAAUGCACAGCCGAGUUGCGCUUUGAGGUAAAGAGGGCGAAGUGAAAUUAGCCAUCAGUCCAUCAGAGUCAGACGCCACUGUCACGCCCAUGUUGUCUUUGUGUGUUUCAAAGUCACUGCGAAGUGUUGUUGGUAAAUGUUAUUAUUUAAUAUUCAUUCUAUGAAUGAAAGACAUUUAAAGUUGUAGUUUUUAUACUUUUUACUGAGAAAUUCUUUUUUUUUUUUAUGUAUCUGCUCAACUAACGUUUUUAUUCACGGACAGGAAAAGCAUGAUGGAACAUGUUUGUAUUGACAUUUGUAACACCUGCUGCAGAUGAAGUCUGUUAUGAUCAUAAUCCAGUUACUUGUAUAGUUUCUGUGUUAACUGUGUAUCAUCACUAGAUUCCUGUCAUCUGUUUUCAUAUAUAUAAAAACGUUACAACUCAC